UUAAUUUUAAAAAAAUGUCUAAACAAUAAGUUAAGUUCAUAAAAAAUAAGUUUAGUGAAGCAAAAACAAGUACGCUUCAGCAAAAUAAAAGUUGAUGAGAACAAAGCGUUAAUCAAACUAAAGAGGCUCUAUCCAAUAGUCAGUUUCUGCUAAUGACUUGAUAUAACUAUAUCCAUCAAAUAUAAAUUGUACUACUUAAACUAAGUAAACAUUCUAGCUAUAAUUUGAAAAAAUUUCCAUACUCCUUUAUGUUUUUGCUUGAUGUUGAAUUCAAGAGUUUGUUUUGAACAAAAACUUGAAGGAACUUUGGUGAAAUAAUAUAAUUUGUCUAUGAAUUCAAAGGAACUUUGGUGAAGUUUGAUGUUGUUUUUGUUGCUGAUCAUGAUGUUAAUUUAAAUGGAAAUUAGGGAUUUUGGUAUUGCAAUAUUUGAUAAAGAACUCAAAAAGAUGCUUAAGUGCAUAAAACUCUUGAAGGCUAUACUCAAUCUACAACACAGUAUUCUACUCCCUUCGUUUCUUUUUAAUCUACACACUUUCCUUUUUAAUCCAUUUCUUUUUAAUUUACACACUGUUGCUUUUUUUAAUUUUUGGUAACACAUUACAUCUACUUUAUAUUCUUUUUCCACCCAUGUCAUUUACUUUUUAAUAUUUUAACUCAUUCUCUUGUUUCCCUCUCACUUUUCAGUUUCUCUCUCCAUCUUUUCAGUUUCUCUCUCAUACUUUUGUAUUUCCUCCUUGGUUCUCCUCCAAAGUGAAGUGAGUAAAUUAAAAAGAAACGAAGGGAGUAUUCGGCAAUCCCACAAGUAAAACAAUAUUAUUAGCAGUUAAGCCUCAGGUGACAUGUACACCACUAACUACAUUCCUAUUCACAUUUCACUGUUAAACUUUUCUCAGCUAUAUAGCCUAGCUAUCACCUUUUUCCUAUGUGGCUUGAUCGAGUAUCUCAGGCGCCAAAUCAGUGUUCCCUCCAUAAUUCAACGGUAGUUAGGUACAAAUUUCUAUAUUGUUUUAAAAAAAGGAAAACAAGUUUCCUAUAUAUUACCUCCUUGUUUCAAACAGUAAUGCCAACUUCUGAAUACUUUCUUUCCCUCUUCUUGUUCUUUUUUCAAACAUAACAUUUGUUGUGAUAAAAUUUGAUGCUUUAUAAUAAAAACCCAAUUUUGUUCAUCAUGAAAUUCUGCAAGUUUGUCAAAUACUAUCUCAUGCUUUGCUUAUCUACUCUUCUGUUCUGUUUCCCUCUUAAAUCCAAUGCUGCUGCAUUGUCGAGUGAUCGAGCAGCGCUUCUUUCUUUUAUGUCGAGUAUUGUGUUAGACCCGCAAGGAGCUCUAAACACUUGGAAUUCUUCAAAUAUCCAUGUCUGUAAUUGGACUGGAGUAACCUGCAACCAUAACAAAAACCGCGUUGUAAAGCUUGAUCUUAGAGGUAGAUUGUUAAGAGGAACCAUUUCUGCUUCUUUAGGAGAUCUUAAGUCCUUAAGUAUCUUAGACUUAUCUGAUAAUUUUUUCCAAGGCCAAAUUCCAGCUGAAUUAGGCUCUAUUUCGGGGCUUUCACAGAUUAGCCUAGCAUCGAAUCUUCUUCAAGGAGAGAUUCCUCCUGAAUUAGGGAGACUUAGUCAGUUGAAUUACCUUCAUUUAGGGAGUAAUAAUUUACAUGGUCGAAUUCCUGAGUCACUUUUCUGUAAUGGGUCAUCUUUGGCUUAUUUAGACCUUUCAAACAACUCUUUUAGUGGGGAAAUACCUAUAAAAGAGGGGUGUGAGUUAAGGGAGUUAACUUAUCUCUUGCUUUGGUCUAACAAUUUCACAGGUCAUAUCCCUAUAUCUCUCUCAAAAUCUACAAAACUCAAGUGGGUUGAUCUAGAAUCAAAUGAUCUAACAGGGGAAUUGCCCUCCAAAGUCAUAAGCCAAAUGCCCAUGUUGCAAUUUGUUUACUUGUCUUACAAUGACUUUGUUGGGCAUGAUAGGAACACAAACCUCGAACCCUUCUUUGCUUCUUUGGCCAACGCGUCUAAUUUGCAAGAACUUGAACUAGCAGGAAACAACCUAGGUGGAAAUAUACCCUCCAAUAUUGGAAAUCUUACAAAUCUUGUACAGCUACAUCUUGAUGAUAACCUCAUAUAUGGUUCAAUUCCUCCUGAAAUGUCGAACCUAGUUAAUCUUACGCUCCUUAACUUGUCGAAUAACCUCUUAAAUGGGUCAAUCCCGCAAGAGUUAUGUAUGAUGAAGAAGCUAGAGAGAGUAUAUUUAAGUAGCAAUUCUAUCUCUGGUGAAAUCCCAUCGGCUUUUGGUGACAUACCUCAUUUGGGUCUUCUAGACUUGUCUAGAAACCAGCUCUUGGGUUCAAUACCCGAUAGUUUUACCAAUCUAUCCCAGUUAAGAUGGCUUUUACUCUAUGAAAAUCAACUCUCCGGAACCAUACCCCCAGGUCUUGGGGAAUGCAUCAACUUGGAGAUUCUAGACUUCUCACACAACCAAAUUUUAGGAAGUAUUCCUGAUGAAGUUGCAGGAUUAAGUAGCUUGAAGUUGUACUUGAAUCUUUCGAGUAACCUCUUAACAGGUCCUGUACCACUCGAGCUUAGCAAAAUGGAUAUGGUUAUGGCAAUAGAUUUAUCCAUGAACAAUCUCUCUGGUACUAUACCAUCACAACUUGGGAGUUGCAUCGCUUUGGAAAGUCUUAAUCUAUCAAAUAACCACUUAGAAGGGCAUCUUCCGAUUACUAUAGGUCAAUUGCCUUAUCUGAGAUCAUUUGAUGUGUCAGUAAAUGAGUUGGUUGGUAAGAUUCCUGCCUCAUUUGAAGCAUCUUCUACUUUGAACAACCUUAACUUCUCCUUCAAUAACUUUUAUGGUUAUGUGCCAAAAAAAGGGGUGUUUUCUUCGUUGGAUAUACGUUCUUUCAUGGGAAAUUAUGGCCUUUGUGGUACAAUCAAAGGCAUGCCAAAUUGUCAUCAACAUGAUAAUUCUCGGCACUUUAUGUUUCUGCCAAUCUUAGUAUCAGCAAUUGCUAUUAUAGUUUUGUGCAUAUGCGGUCAGCAAAGAAUAAGAGGAAUAUACAAUGGGAAGAAUUCUGUCUCUCUUAAACAGGUUUAUGAAGAGCCAAAGUACCCAAGAAUCUCCCACCAACAGCUUGUGGAGGCAACCAAUGGUUUCAACUCCUUAAGCUUGAUUGGUUCAGGGCGAUUUGGGUGUGUUUACCAAGGGGCUCUUGGAGACAACACCAAAAUCGCAGUAAAAGUUCUGGACUGUGGAGAUGACAAACAAGUUUGUGGAAGUUUCAAGAGGGAAUGCGAAGUUUUGAAGAAUAUUCGGCACAGGAAUCUGAUCAAGAUCAUAACUAUAUGCAGUAAGCCAGAUUUUAAGGCAAUUGUUUUCCCUCUAAUGUCAAAUGGGAGCCUUGAAAGGCAUUUGUACCCAAGUCAUGGACUAAGCCGGGGGUUGGAUUUGGCGGAACUUGUUUGCAUCUGUUCUGAUGUUGCGGAAGGAUUGGCUUAUCUUCAUCAUCAUUCGCCGGUAAAAGUUGUUCAUUGUGAUCUAAAGCCGAGCAAUAUUCUUCUGGAUGAUGACAUGAAUGCUUUGGUGACUGAUUUUGGCAUUUCAAAGCUUGUAAAAGGUGGUGAUGAGAGUCUCUCUGUUUAUGAUUCUGCUUCAUCUAGCUCUACUGAUGGCUUGUUAUGUGGCUCCGUUGGCUACAUUGCUCCAGAAUACGGGCUAGGAAGAAGGGCUUCAACACAAGGAGAUGUGUACAGUUUCGGUGUUCUUUUACUAGAGACUGUUACAGGAAAGCGUCCUACAGAUGUUCUCUUUGAUAAAGCUUCAAGCCUACAAGAAUGGGUUAAGACUCAUUAUCCACACAAUCUUGAGCCAAUAUUUGAACUGGCCCUAGUCAGAUUCGCGACACUCCCCCCUUAUGGCAUUGCAUCACAAUCACACAAAAACAAGAGUUUGUUCCACGAAAUCAUCUUGGAGCUAAUAGAACUCGGUUUAAUGUGCACGCAGUACUCAGCUUCAACGCGACCAACAAUGUUAGACGUAGCCCAAGAUAUGGAAAGGCUCAAGCAGUAUAUCUCAAGCCCUUCCUCUGCUCAUUGAUGAAGGACCUUCCAAUUGUUGAAUACAUUAUAUUAAGUCCUCCUUUAUGAAGAAAUUUUGUCUCUUUCUUAUCAUGAUUUACUGUAUUUAAAUUCUUUGUAAAAAAGUUGUUCAAGGAAAAGUAAUCAGAAGAAAUUAAUGGUGUGUUCUUUGAUUGUAGCAUCAUCAUGUAUGAAACAGAAAGUUACUACUA